UUCGUAGAAUCGCUCGGUAGAAGAAUGCUCAGUCGCCUAAACAAAGCUGGGAAGCUGACAAUGUUCGUAAUUGAUUUGGCAAAACUCGUUCGCUUUGGACUUUUGAGGAACGUUGCGACGCGAGCUUAGCAGAUUCUUAAAUUUCACAUCGAAGAUACAACUACUAAAUACGUUUGUAGCGCGACAAAAGCGGGAUAUUAUUAAAAAUGGCAGCCGUCAACGCAUCGCAAACCGAUUAUUGGAACUUUCUGUUCAUCGAAUUGGCAGAUCCGCGCACCAAUGACUGGUUCCUGAUCAAGUCCCCCCUGCCGCUGCUUGCCAUCCUCGGCCUUUACCUGUUCUUCGUGCUGGGAUGGGGUCCGCGCUUCAUGCGCGACCGGAAGCCCUUCAAGCUGGAGCGCACCCUCCUGGUCUACAACUUCUUCCAGGUGGCGCUCAGCGUGUGGAUGGUGUACGAGGGCGUGGUCAUCUGGCAGACAUACAGCUGGCGGUGCCAGCCCGUCGACUGGUCGCGUACCCCCAAGGCUUACAGGGAGGCGCGCGUCGUGUACGUCUACUAUCUGGCCAAGAUCACCGAGCUGCUGGACACGAUCUUCUUUGUGUUGCGCAAGAACGAUCGCCAGGUGACCUUCCUGCACGUCUACCACCACACCGUGAUGCCGAUGAUCAGCUGGGGCACCAGCAAGUACUACCCGGGCGGACACGGCACCUUCAUCGGCAUGAUCAACUCUUUCGUGCACAUCAUCAUGUAUUCGUACUACUUCCUGUCCGCCUUCGGGCCCCAGAUGCAGAAGUACCUCUGGUGGAAGAAGUACAUCACCAACCUGCAAAUGAUCCAGUUCUGCUGCGCCUUCAUCCAUCAAACCCAGCUGCUGUACACGGACUGCGGCUAUCCCCGGUGGUCUGUCUGCUUCACCCUGCCCAAUGCCGUCUUCUUCUACUUCCUCUUCAACGACUUCUACCAGAAGUCCUACAAGAAGAAGCAGGCGGCUGCCCAGGCCAAGGCCGACGCCCUGAUGGCGAACAACAAUAACGAGAGCUGUGCCAAGGAUCUGAAUAAGGUGGCAGCGAAGGACCUGGAGCUGAAGCAAAAGCAGAAGGCCUUGUAGGGUAGAUGUCAUACCAAUCCCUCCCCCUUUCAAUACUCAUACAAAGCGGGGCACACACUGAGAGCUGAUACCCCAUGAUGUUCUAUGUGCAACUUUGUUGACUAAUUUCUUAAGUAAUCCGCCGCCAAAAACACGUAAAACAAGAAAACGAGACACCAUACACUCGUCUAUUGGAACAGAUGAGGUUUUCAAGAUACAGAUACACACAAUAUCGUAUGUAAAUGUUCAAACAGUUAAAAUUGCUUUUUGCAGCCGUCGCCAUCAUCGCUCGCCUCG